CGGAAGUUCACCAUGAGAUGGGUGUCAAAGCAAGGUGCUGUGAUGGGGUCGUUGGUUGAUGGUUUGGAACAUGCCAAGUACACCCUCGAAAGUGCGCCAACCAUGGAUGAGCGGAAGACUAAUUGGUUGACCCGACUUAUGAACAACCUCCUGAGUUGUACCAGAGAGCAAAGGAGGGAUGUCGUGGCCUAUCCUCCCGUUCCUGCCCCGGCACGACCCUCAUUCCGUGAUGAUGCACCCAUUGUGCCCCCGGUUGAGCCCCCACGAAGGAGCAAACGCAGGCCUCUACCUACAUUCGAUGAGGUG